AUGGCAUGCAGUAGCGAGACAACCACAGACAAAAGUGGCUUUCGCUUUUCAGACAUCGACUCAGAUGAUAACUACACAUGGCAGUCUUCUGCCUCCACCGCCGCAGCUGAUGGAUGGCCCAAAAAAUAUAGCAUCUCUAAACGGGCCAAGGUCGUUCGUCAGAAAUUCAACUGUCCGGUGAAUUCAGACUCAGAAGAGAUUGACCUAGAAUCUGGUGAGUUGGAACAGACAAUACAGAACAAUUUAGAAGAAAGAAGAGUGAUUCGAGACUCUAGAAUUUGUAAAUUGAGUUCACAAGAAAAUGUAAAUUGUGAUCCAAGUCGAGGAGAUAAAGAAUUCAAUGGCAUUUUGAUAGGAAUGGCAAUGAAGCGAAUAUGA